ACCGGGCGCCGCUGCCUCCGCCUCCUUCCACUUCGCGGGAGAAGUUGUUGGCGCGAAUGGACCCCGAGCCCCGGUAACGGAUUCCCCAACCUGCCGACCCACCUGCUGCCCGUCCGCGCUUCAGUCGUUGGGCUGCAAUGGACAUUCGGAAAUUCUUUGGGGUUAUACCAAGUGGAAAGAAACUUGUAAAUGAAAUAGUAAAGAAGAAUGAGAAAACAAAGCCCACUGAAGAAACUUUAAAAGCAAAGAAAGGAGUAAAGGAAAUCAAGGUAAAUAGUUCUUGCAAAGAUGAUGACUUCAAACAGAAACCACCAAACAAGAAAAAGAGGAUCAUCUACGAUUCAGAUUCAGAAUCAGAGGAGAGAGUGCAGGUUAAAAAUGCCAAAAAGCAACCAGAAAAAAUGACAAUGUCUUCUAAACCUGGUAAAAUUCUACGAAAGGAUCCUGUUUCAUACAUUUCAGAAACAGAUGAAGAAGAUGACCCUGUGUGUAAGAAGGCAGCCUUUAAAUCAAAAGAGAAUGGAGGAUCUGCAGAUAGUUAUCUUGGAACAUCAGACAUGAAAAAGAAUGAAAAAAACACUAAGACCAAGAAUAAGCCUUUAUCUCCGGUAAAACUUACACCCACAUCAGUGCUUGACUAUUUUGGAACUGGAAGUAUCCAAAGAUCAGAUAAAAAGAUGGUGGCAAGUAAAAGAAAAGAGCCUUCACAAAAUACAAAGGAUUCCAGAUUAAAUGAUGAAGCUAUCGCCAAGCAACUGCAACUUGAUGAAGAUGCAGAGUUGGAGAGGCAACUGCAUGAGGAUGAAGAGUUUGCCAGAACGUUGGCCAUGUUGGAUGACGAACCCAAGACCAAAAAGACUCGAAAGAACCAAGAAGAGAAAGAAACGUCUUCAUCUGUCCAAGCCAGUUUAAGUAAAACAGAAAAACAUAAAUAUCCUCAUAAAGUAAAAACAGAACAAUUUUCAGAUGAAAGAAAGAACAGCAGUCCUAAGAAACAACCCAAAUGUGAAAGUUCGAAAGAAUCUGAGCCACAUCCUAAGUCGUCAGCUCACAAAACAGGAGAACCCUCUCCUGGAAAGGCCAGUUCUAAGCUGGCACUUCUGAAAAAAAGAGAAAGGGGUUCCUAUCGAGAAGUAGAGCCCAUGGGCUCAAAAAGACAAGAAAAUGCUGGUGAAUUGAAAGGAGAAACAAAAACACCUAAGAAAACCAGAAGUUCUCCAACUAAAAAAGAGUCUACAAGUCCUGAAGAUUCGGAAAAGAAACGCGCUAAUUACCAAGCUUAUCGAAGCUACCUAAGUCGAGAAGGUCCCAAAGCUCUGGGCUCCAAAGAAAUACCAAAGGGAGCUGAAAAUUGCUUGGAAGGCCUUAUAUUUGUAAUCACGGGAGUGCUGGAGUCCAUUGAACGAGAUGAGGCCAAGUCUCUAAUUGAGCGUUAUGGGGGAAAAGUAACCGGAAAUGUCAGCAAGAAAACAAACUACCUUGUCAUGGGUCGGGAUAGUGGACAGUGCAAGAGUGAUAAGGCAGCAGCCUUGGGAACAAAAAUUAUUGAUGAAGAUGGAUUAUUGAAUCUGAUUCGAACUAUGCCAGGCAAGAAAUCCAAGUAUGAAAUAGCAGUUGAAGCUGAGAUGAAGAAAGAAAAGUCCAGAUUGGAGAGAACACCCUCCAAAAAUGACCAAGGAAAAAGAAAACUUAGUCCAAAUAAGAAGGACUCAGAAUCUAAAAAGAACAAACUGACUCCCAAAAGGGACAGCUCUUUAAACUCAAUAAAAAAGGAAACAAGUGCGUUUCAGAAAAGCCUGGACUUUGAGGAGCAGGUGGCUGAGGAGACAAAUGUUAACAGCGGGGCUAGGAAUUUGGCUGAUGACAGCAGUGGACACAAAGUGGAAAGUUUGCUCUGGGUGGAUAAAUAUAAGCCAACCUCGCUCAAGGCCAUAAUUGGACAGCAGGGUGACCAGAGCUGUGCCAACAAACUCCUACGCUGGCUUCGAAACUGGCACAAGAGUCCAUCCGAAGAUAAAAAACACGCAGCAAAGUUUGGUAAAUCUGCCGGCAAGGAUGAUGGCUCUAGUUUUAAGGCAGCACUGCUCUCAGGCCCUCCGGGAGUUGGCAAAACAACCACAGCUUCCCUGGUUUGUCAGGAAUUGGGGUAUAGCUAUGUGGAACUGAAUGCAAGUGACACCCGGAGUAAGAACAGUUUGAAGGAGAUUGUUUCUGAAUCACUGAAUAAUACCAGCAUCAAAGGCUUUUAUUCAAGUGGCGCCGUCCAUUCACCAAGUGCCAAACACGCUCUCAUCAUGGAUGAAGUGGACGGCAUGGCAGGCAACGAGGACAGGGGAGGAAUUCAGGAGUUAAUUGGCCUGAUAAAACAUACAAAAAUUCCCAUUAUUUGUAUGUGCAAUGAUAGAAGUCAUCCCAAGGUUCGCUCUCUGGUUCAUUAUUGUUUUGAUCUUCGUUUUCAAAGACCUCGGGUUGAACAGAUUAAGGGUGCUAUGAUGUCUGUUGCAUUUAAAGAGGGUUUAAAGAUUCCCCCUCCAGCUAUGAAUGAAAUAAUUUUGGGAGCUAAUCAAGAUAUCAGACAGGUUUUGCACAAUCUGAGUAUGUGGUGUGCGCAGAGUAAGGCACUAACCUAUGACCAGGCCAAGGUCGAUUCUAAUAGAGCCAAAAAGGACAUCAAGCUGGGCCCGUUUGAUGUUGCCCGGAAAGUAUUUGCAGCUGGAGAGGAAACUGCCCAUAUGUCACUUAUGGACAAAUUGGAUCUCUUUUUUCAUGAUUAUUCAAUAGCCCCCCUCUUUGUCCAGGAGAACUACGUACAUGUGAAGCCUAUAGCCGCAGAGGGUGACGUGAAGAAGCACUUGAUGCUGUUGAGCAGAGCAGCAGAUAGCAUAUGCGACGGUGACCUAGUGGAUCGUCAGAUCCGGAGUAAGCAAAACUGGAGCCUCCUGCCCACACAGGCCAUUUAUGCCAGUGUUCUUCCUGGAGAGUUAAUGAGGGGGUACAUGACUCAGUUUCCCACCUUUCCAAGCUGGCUGGGGAAGUACUCUUCUAUGGGCAGACAUGAUCGUGUUGUUCAGGACCUUGCAUUGCAUAUGAGUCUCAGAACGUACUCCAGCAAAAGGACCAUAAACAUGGAUUAUCUGUCACACAUAAGGGAUGCACUUGUACAACCCUUGGCCUCACAAGGGGUGGAAGGAGUGCAGGCCGUUGUAGCACUUACGGACACAUAUUAUUUGAUGAAAGAAGACUUUGAUAAUAUCAUGGAACUUAGCAGCUGGGGAGGCAAACCUAGUGCUUUUUCCAAGCUGGAUCCCAAGGUCAAAGCAGCCUUCACGAGAGCUUACAAUAAGGAAGCCCAUCUUACUCCAUAUUCACUUCAGGCAAUAAAGACGUCUAGACGCAGCAUAGGUCCAGUGCUGGAGUCUGAAUACAAUGAAGAGUUAAAUGAAGAUGACUCUCAGUUUGAUGAGAAAGACCAAGAUGCAGUGGAAACGGAUGCUAUGAUCAAGAAAAAGGCAAAACCUUCCAAGCCUUCAAAGUCAGAAAAAGAUAAGGAGUCCAAAAAAGGAAAAGGAAAAAGUUCGAAGAAAUGAAACUGUUUUUCACUACUGACAGCCACUUUUUACUCACCCUGCUGACCAGUCUAGCUGGUCUUGAGAACACCUGAUUAUUCCAGAGGAACCAUGUUUUGGCAGUAAUGGGAUGACCGCUGGUCCCAUUAGGAUAUGAUACAGCUAGAAGGAUUAACCAGUAGGCUAACGUACACCUCUUAUAGAGGUUGAUAGGACUAUCCCUUGUCAAUCUAAUCAGAUUGGUGUGCUUCCAAAUUACUGUGUAUAAUUAAAACUGGAAACUAAAUGUGGGUUGUGGAGUUGGAUUUUAGUUAACAGUAACAUGCCUUGGAACAGUGGUACUGAGGUGGGUUUUUUUAGGCUUAACAGUUUAUCCUAGUGGACUUUUUAGGACCAAAACUGAUUUUUUUUUUUAAAGGUAGUUAGUAUUAUGUGGUGAAAUUUUGUAAAUAAAUCACAAUACAAAACAGUCACCACUUAGAACUGGGUAUUUGUACAAAUACCUUGCAGAGUAUGAAUUAGGAAUAAAAUAUGUUCCAUAUGAUAGAUACAUGUAUAAAAUCUUAAGAUUGUCAUCUUGUACAGUAAAAUAUUAUGUUGGUAUAUUACUUGUCAAUUUGCAAAUGAUCGGAUAAAAAAACUUACUAUAUUCCCUACUAGGCAUUGUGUGAGACAUAACUUUGGCAGCUGAAGAGUCCAAAAACCCAAAACCAAACCCAUUGCCGUCGAGUCGAUUCUGACUCAUAGCAACGGCGUAGUGGUUAAGUGCUACAGCUGCUAACCAAAGGCUCGGCAGUUCAAACCUGCCAGGUGCUUCUUGGAAACUGUCCUAUAGGGUCACUAUGAGCUAUGAGUUGAAGAGUCAGACUUCUUAAUUACUGUUUUUGUUCCCUCUAGGAGUUUAUUAUUGCACAGCACGGUGUGCUAACCACAUGGCUGCAGUGAAUGGAAUUUCAUUAGUCUUUGUUAUACUACAGGGUGUGGGGGCUGCAAAAGCGUUGCCAGAUAUUCUUAAUGCUUCCAGAGUCUCAGCCUGUCAGAUUCAAACCAGUAAGGUGUAGCUGGAUCAGAUUCUUAGGCUCACUCUGAUAUGGGACAAGAUGAACACUGGUUUUGUUUAGUUCUUCCUUCGGAGAUCUGGUUCUGUCCUGUGCUGGAUUCCAUAGACCCUGCUGGAACUUUAGAUUGUACCUAUAACUAUACUUAUUGAGCAGCCCUGAGGCUGUGGAACUGGGCUGCAGUGUGGGGGCCCUGCUGUUUUUUAAUCUUGUCAACAAAUGUUCAGAGUAGCUCUGUGAAGUAUAUUCUAAAAGGGAUGUAAAAUAAGGAUACUGUUCCCUGCCUUUAAAGAACCUAUAGUCUUGUUUGGGAGAUGAUGCAUAAAGAUUUUGAGACAUUUAAAGUAUAUUUAUCAGUGUGAAAAAUGUCUUUCAUGUAGACUAAAUUCAUUAUGGGAAGAAAACAUUGCCUAAGCCUUUGCCUGCUGGGCCAUGUCCCUCUCUCAGUUAAAACCCAGCUUGAAAAUCUUCUUCAGUAACGGUUUCCUCGACUGAUGACUGCUUCACCCCACCAGUGGGGAAAGCAUGGCCACCAUAUGCAUAUUCUUCCGUUCCUGUUACUUUUGGAUAUGGAAGUCAUGUCUCCUUAGUUGCUCUGUACACCCUGGGAAAGGGGCUGUAAUCUUGCAGCCAGGACAAUGAAUAGUGUCAUUUACUAGUUCAUUAGAGUGCCUAUGGUUCUUAUUUCUAUUGCCUUAUCCUUCCAGUAAUAAGAUAUAGGAAUAAGAAAGGAACUUAAGGGUAGGUUUUAUGAUAAUAAUUUGUAUUGUACCACUUAGUAAGGCCAUAGGCCUCUGGCCUAUUCUCUGGCCAGCCACUGGAAAAGAAGAAUGAGUCAUAAAGCUGGAGGCAUCAUGUAUGGGUGGGAUACUUGGAUGCUGUAAAACAUUACUGGCACUUUGGGUCUUAGCCUAGAUUUGUAGGUACUACUGUACAUUAGGCUACAGGACUCAUUUUUGUCAAGUGCUCAGACUUUGGUGACAUUGGUCUUGCAUGACAAGACAGCAUAUAGGCUGUAGGCAGCUGUUGCAGGAAAAUUAUGGGGUCCCUGGGAGGUGUGUGUGUGUGCAUGCACUGGUGGAAGUCGGGGGGAGGAUGAGGAGAGCCCUCCAACAGCCUUGGAAAAGAUUCCAAAUAAUGUGCGUUUUAAGUAGAGGUCAAAUGACUUAAUUUUGUGACAGGAAUUCUACAGUAUGUAGUAUACUGACUCACUAGGUAAAAGCUUAUGGUUUCAUUCAUUUUUCCCAAUAUUGGCUUUAUUGAUUUUUAGUGUUUUGAUUCUAGGACUAAUUCUACUAAAUAGCCUUGAUUUGUAUAAACUUACUUCAGACUUUUAAUAGUGUUUACAUGUAUGCUGCACAAACUUCAAGUGUGCUUCCUUUAUCUCUUUUUUGUCUCUAAACCCAGGAAAACAUUACAAAUAUCUAGUCAACAAUUUUACUUUAAAGGAGAUAUUCCAGAAUAUAAAAGUUAUCAAAAAGCUAAAUAUUUACAAUUAGGUCAUAGGUUACUAUUAACAGUGCAGAGCACAGACUAUGUAAGACUGUGAAGAGGAAAUAUACAAAGUGUAAUAAACAAAGAUUAUGUAUCACUAAUUUUGCCAGUGUACAGAAGUUGAAAAGUGCUGAUCUUGAAAGGUCGCCUUCGUUUAUAUUUUGGUGCCCAGGAAGGACCACCUCCAAAUCCACUAGGGGUGGACACACAGUCAUCCAUGGAAAAAUGCUGGUUUCUCAGAAACUUUAUAUCUAGAAAGGACAAACAAAAACACAUGGUUUUAGAAGGGUCUCGCGUAACAACCAGCAUUCAGUUGGCAAGAAAGCAUAGUGUACUAAAAAUUUUUUUGCUUAUCUCCAGAAUGUGGAGCAGGGACACUAUAUUCACGUUAGAAAUCUCAAGUCUAUAAUCAGUGCUGGGUUCCAUUCAUGACCUUGCAACUGACUAAAAUUGUGUGGACAAGCUGUUGAGCCUUUAAUUUUUUCAAUUAUAGAGGAUGAUGAUAAUCACCUCAGUAGGAAGAGUGAGAAAAUGGAAGAUAAGUGCUCAGCAAUCUGUAGAGAAAAGUUUUUCCUGAUGUUAAGCACUUGUUAAGAGUUCCCUGUCUAAAGAGAGUCUGUGACAAUAGCUGCAGUCAUUACCCACUAUAUAAGAAGACACUUAUUGUAGUGAUUUUUUAAAAGAGACAGUGCAAAAACGUAACUCUGCAAGGAGCUGUGAUAACCAUGGUCUAGGUACUUAAAGUUUUCUAAGGCUCUAUUUUAAUGCAGGGGUAGUGUUUCGAGAGAUUUUGUGGAGGAUUAUUAAAAAUACAAGGCAAGUUUCCAUUUUUGGUAGUGGCAGAGUUAUAAAUUAACUUUCCCACAGAUCAUACUUAUUAAUUCUGGACAAAAUAAACUAUUCAAAGGCAGUGGAAAGCAAACAAGCAGGCAGAAACCGAAAAGGUGUCAACCCUUGAACGGAGAGAACUCCACCGGGUAAAACUGGUGCUUAAAUGCUUUUCACCUGAGGGCAAGUUCAUGAAGCAUGGGAUGGCUAGAACUUAAGCACCAUUGUUGGAGUCUUCCUGGCUUGAGGAGUCUGAGAAGAGUAAAUGGGUGCCAGAGUUGCUGGAAUGUGAGGGGGGUUGCUGGAAUGUGAGUUGCUGGAGAGGAGUUUGCUUUCAGAUCUACAUAUAAACUCCACCCAAAUCCUUAACUUCACAUGCUUGUAAAAGACUCCAAGGAGCCAAGUUUAACUGCUUCUCAGAACCAAAAUCAAUACUUUAUAAAGGAAAACAGAGAAUCUAUAAUUUCUACAACAUCUCAUCCCCAAUGUCCAGUAUACAAUAUUACUAAAUAUGCAGGGAAAAAAGGACAGGUAAGAGAAAAAGCAUUCUGUAUAAAAUGAUCCGGAGAUGACCCAGAUGUUGAAAUAACAAAGGACUUCAAGCAGCUAUUUUAAAUAUGUUUAAGGAUGUAAAGGAAAAUACGGUCACAAGGAAUGCACAGAUGGGGGAAUCUCAGAGAAAUGGAAACUAAUUCUAGAACUGAAAAGUGUGAAAUCUGAAAUAAAAAUUUUACUUAGAAGAAAGUGUCAGUGAACUUGAAUAUAAAGAAAAUUACCCAGUGUGAUGAAGAGGAAACAUGAAAGUGAAAGAACCUUCAUAACCUAUGGCUAUUGAGCAGUCAAAUGUGCAUGUAACAGGAGUCUCAGGAUGAAAGGACAGAAAAAGUAUUUGAAAGAAUAAUGGUCAAAAUUUCCAAAAUGAGAGAAAAUGAAGAUCCAAGAAUUCUAGAACAUACAAAGCAGAAUAAAUAAAAGGCCAAACCUAGGCAUGGCAUAGCCGAGCUGAAAACCAAAGUUACAAGAGAAAAUCCUGAAUGCAGCCAGAGGAAAAUAUUACAUACAGAAGAACAAUGACAUUUGAUUGCUGACUUCUCAUCACUAACACUAGAGAUAGAAGACAAUGAAAUGAUAUCUUUAAAAUGCUUCAAGAAAAAAGCUGUCAACCCAGAAUUCCAUAUCCAGCGAUAAGAUCUUUCACAAAUGAAGAAAAAUAAAGACAGAAAAAUAGGUGCAAGCAGUCCUGCACUGUAAGAAAUGUUAAAGGACAUUCUUCAGGUGGAAAGGAAAUGACACCAUAUGGAAACCUGGAAGGAAACAGGAAAAACACAGGAAAUGGUAAAUAUAUGAAUAAAUGUAAAGCAACAUAUCUUCUAAGGAAAAAUUAUCACUGCAUGUAAGGUUCAUAAUAUGUAGAUAUAUGAAUAGCACAGAGGAAAGGACAGGUGGGCUGAGGUAAAUGGAACUGAACUUUUGCACAGUUCUUACAUUUUAUGUAAAGUGAUAUAUUAACUCAGCAAACUGUGGUAAAGAUAUAAAGAAUUAUGCAAAGAGGUAAAGUAAAAGUCAAUACAGGAAUAAAAAUGAAAUACUAAAAAAUAUUUGAUUGGCCCAAAAGAAAGCAGGACAGGAAGAACAGUAUAAAAAGCCAAUGAGGCAAAUAUGAAUCAAAAAACAAAAUGGUACUCCUAAAUCCAACCUGAAUAAAAACUUACAUGAAAAUUAUAGAACAAUAUCCCUCAUGAGCAUAGAAGAAAUUUCCCAAUAAAAUAUUAGCAAAUCAAAUCCAGCAAUACAUAAAAAGAUAAUAUAUCAUGACCCAGUGAGUUUAUCCCCAGAAUAAAAGUUGAUUUUAACAUUCAGACAGCAAUGUAACUCAUCAUAUUAACAGAAUAAAGGAGAAAAAUCAUAUACUCAUCUAACUGAAACAGAAAAAGCAUCUGACAAUAUUCAACACCCAGGAGACUUUCUCAAUUUGAUAUUAGGUCUCUUCUGAAAAACCUAUAGCUAGACAUCGUACUUCAUAGUGAAAUACUGAAAGCUUUCUCCCAAAACUGGGAAUAAGGCAAGGAUGUCCACACUUCAACUACACAACGUUGUACUGCAGGGCCUAGCUAGUGCAAUAUGGUAAGAAAAAGCAGGAGGAUUGGAAAGGAACAAGUACAUUUGUAGGCAUAACUGUCUACAUAGAAAAUCCUUAGGAAUCUGCAAAAUAACUCAGAAGUAAUGUGAAUUUAGCAAGGUUGUAGGAUAUAAAGUCAAUAGUAAAAAUUACAUUUCUCUAUACAAAAUUGGAAAAAUGAAAAAAGUUUUAAUUCCAUUUAAAGUACUUGUCAAAACCCAGAGUGACUUGGGAAUAAAUUUAACAAAAAACAUGCAAGAUUUCUGUAUUGGGAAUUACAAAAUAUCAAGGGGAACUGACCUAAAGAAAUGUAGAAUACACCAGGUUCAUGGAUUGGCAGAUUCUAUAUUGUCAAAAUGCCAAAAGAUCUACAGAAUCAAAGUAAUUAUGGUAGGAAAAUUCUAGGAUGGCCCCCAAGAUUCUCAAUUUUGGUAUUCUUCCCUUGUGUGAUCAUUUUUCCUUGAGUGGAUGGGGUUUGUAAAUAUGAUGGGAUUUCACUCAUGUGAUUAGAUUACAUUAUAUAGCAAAUAUGAAGGGGGUUUUGCAGAUGUAAUUAAGGUCACUAAUCAGUUGACUCUGAAUUAAAAGAGAGAUUAUCCUCUGUGGGCCUGGGCUAAUCAGGUGAACCCUUUAAAAGAGGGCCCAGACUUUUCUUAAAGAGAGAUUUGAAGUGAGAGACAUGCUUUCCAUGCUGGCCUUGAAGAAGCACACUGCCAUGGUGUGGGGAAGGCCUCGUAUCAGGAAACUGCAGGCUGCCUGCAGGAGUUAAGGACCUCAGUCCUACAACUGUGAACAACUGAAUUCUGCCAACAGUGAGCUUGGAAGGGGACUACAAGCCUCAGAUGAGAUUCCAGCCCGAGUUGACGCCUUAUAUAGAUACAAAAGAUUAAGAGUAGUCAAAACAAUCUUGGAAAAAAAUAAAGAUGGAGGAUUCACAUGACCUAACUUUAAGAAUCUGUCGUUGUUGGGUACCACUGAGUCCAUUCAUAGUGACCCCAUGACAGAGUAGAACUGCCCCACAGGCUGUAAUCUUUACAGUAGCAGAUUGCCAGGUCUUUCUCCUAUGGAGCCGCUGGGUGGGUUUGAACCACCAACCUUUCAGUUAGCAGCUGAGCACUUAACUGUCUGCACCACCAGGGCUCCUUCUAAGCUAUAUUAAAAAAAAAAACCUAGUGCAAAGAUAUAUUAGGCCACAGUAAUUGAGACUGCAAUAUUAAAAUAAGGGACAAAUACAUCAAAGGAACAGAACAGAAGGUCCAGAAAUAGACUCAUACUUAAACAUCCAAUUGAUUUUCAACAAAGGCACCUAAGCAAUUCAACGGGGAAAGGAAAGAUAUUUCAACAAAUGGUGCUAGAAAAACACCAUUACAAAAAAUAGGCUCCUACCCCCACCUCACACUGUAAACAAAAAUUAUUUUGAGAUGUAUCACUCUUGGAGCUUCUGGAAGAAAACAUAGAAAAUAUGUUCCUGACUUAGGAGCAGGCAACUUUUUUUUUUUUUUUUUUAACCAAAGGACACAGAAAGGAAGCAACAACCAUAAAACAAAGCAAAAUCGAUAAAUUUCAUCAAAAUAAAAAUUCUGCCCAUCAAAAGAAACCAUUAAGAAAAUCAAGAGGUAAGCCACAGAGAGGGAAAAAUAUUUGCAAAACAUAAUCUGACAAAAAACUUGUAUCUAGAAUAUAUAAAAAACUGUUGUGACUCACUAAAAGGAUAAGAAAUUGGUGCCAAGAUCAUUUAAUGUGGGAAAAAAUACUUUUUUCAACAAAUGGUGCUAAGAAAACUGGAUAUCCACAUUCAAAAGAAUGAAGUUGGACCCCUAUUCUACCAUAUACAAAAAUUAACUCAAAAUGGAACAAAGACCUAAAUGUAAGAGCUAAAACUAUUAAACUCUUAGAAGGAAACAUAAGAGUAAAUCUCUGUGACCUUGGAUUAAGCAAUGUUUUCUUAGAUAUGACACCAAAAACACAAGCAACCAAAGGGGCAGGAGGGAGGGGAUAAGUUGAACGUCAACCAAAAUUAACUUCUGUGUGCAUCGAAGUACACUAUCAAGAAAGUGAAAAGAUAAUCUACAGAAUGGAAGAAACUUUUUGUAAAUAAUUUUUCUAUAUAAAGAACUCCUACAACUGAACAAUAAAACUCAAUUAAAAAUUGAGCUGCUGUUGUUGUUACAUGCCAUCGAGUUGGUUCUGACUCAGCGACCCUAUAUACAACACCACAAAACACUGCCUGGUCCUGCACCAUCUUCACAGUCAUGCUUGAGCCCACUGUUGCAGUCACUGUGUCAAUCCAUCUCAUUGAGGGUCUUCCUCUUUUCACUGACCCUCUACCAAGCAUGAUAUCCUUCUCCAGGGACUGAUCCCUCCUGAUGAUAUGUCCAAAGUAGGUGAGAUGUAGUAGUCUCGCCAUCCUUGCUUCUAAGGAGCAUUCUGGUUGUACUUCUUCCAAGACAGAUUUGUUCUUUUUUUGGCAGUCCAUGGUAUAUUUGAUAUUCUUCUCCAGCACCACAACUCAAAGGUGUCAAUUCUUUGGUCUUCCUUAUUCAUUGUCCGGCUUUCACGUGUUUAAGAGGCGACUGAAAACACCACGGCUUGGGUCAGGCACACCUGUCAGCAUACAGACUGAAUAGGUAUGGUGAAAAGAUACAACCCUGACGCACACCUUUCCUGACUUUAAACCAUGCAGUAUCCUCUUGUUCUGUUUGAACGACUACCUCUUGAUCUAUGUACAGGUUUCUCAAGAGCACAAUUAAGUGUUCUGGAAUUCCCAUUCUUCGCGAUGUUACCCAUAAUUUGUUAUGAUCCACACAGUUGAAUGCCUUUGCAUAGUCAAUAAAACACAUGUAAACAUCCUUCUGAUAUUCUCUGCUUUCAGCCAGGAUGCAUCCGACAUCAGCAAUCAUAUCCCUGGUUCCACGUCCUCUUCUGAAUCCGGCUUGAAUUUCUGGCAGUUCCUGUUGAUACACUGCUACGGCUGCUUUUGAUUGAUUGAUCUUCAGCGAAAUUUUACUUGUGUGAGAUAUUAAGGACAUUGUUCGAUAAUUUCCACAUUUGGUUGGAUCACCUUUCUUGGGACUAGGCAUAAGUAUGGAUCUCUUCCAGUCGGUUGGCCAGGUAGCUCUCCAGCUCUUUGCACAUGUCAUUGUAAUACUUUGUCUUCUCAAAAAACUGAGCAAAGGACUUGAAUAGUGCUCUGAAGAAGAUACGCAAAUAGGCCAAUAAGCACAUCAGAAAGUGCUCAAAUCAUGGGCCAUAAGGGAAAUGCAAAUCAGCGACAAUGAAAUGCCACUUCACACCCACUAGGAUGACAACAAUCAAAAAGACAUACAACACAUUGCUGGUAGGAAUGUAAAAAGGUGCAGCUAUUGCGGCAGGGCUUUUGCUUCCCAACUAGAGACUGCGUCCCUUGCAGUCCGUGUUGCCACAUAACUAAAUUUAUUUUUGUUGUUUUUGUUGAGAAUAUACGCAGCAGAACAUACACCAAUUCACAAUUUAUACGUGUACAAUUCAGUGACACUGAUUACAUUUCUUCAAGUUGUGCAACCAUUGUUACCCUCCUUUUUCAAUUUGUUCCUCCUCCAUUAAUAAACUCACUGCCCCCUAAGCUUCCUAUCUUUCAAGUUGCUGUUGUCACUUCGAUGCCAUAUAGAUAGGUCUUUGGUGUGUGGGUGUGUCCUGCUAAAAUGCAUAUUUUUUUAAAAAACAAUAUUGAGUUUUUGGUGAAAGUUUAUACAGCAAGUUAGGUUCCCAUCUGACAAUUUCCACACAAAUUUUCUGUGACAUUAGUUACAUUUAUCACAGUGUGUCAGCAUUCUCUUUAAUUGCGUUCUGUUUAUUCCUUUUCCAGUACUCUAGUUUCCCUGCCCCCUUAUCUUCUCAUUUUUCCUUUGGAGUAUUGUUGACCUUAUAUUCUCAUACUGAUGGCUUUUAAGUAAGGCACCGAUUUUAUGGGUAAUAUCCUUUAUUUUGUGUGCCACUCUGCUAUUUCACUAAAAGGUGACCGACCUCAGGGGAUAGGCUCGGUUCUAGGUUUAAAGAAUGUCUCAAGGCAGCAGUCUCAGGGAGUCCUCUGUUCUCUACUGUUCCAGUUUAUCUUUUUUUUUUUGGUAAGAAUUUGAGUUCUGCUUCACAUUUUUCUCUCAUUAUUGUGACCCUGGUCAGGACGGUCAGUAGUGGUAGCUGGGCACCAUCUAGUUCUUCUGGGCACCAUCUAGUUCUUCUAGUUUCAGGGUAGCUGAAGUUGUGGCUUGUGUAGGCUUGUUUCUUCUCUGCACUUUUGGUUGCCUUCUUAUUGUUUUGCUCCUGGCAAGUAGAGACCUGUAGUUGUGUCUUAGAUGGCUGCUCACAAGCUUUUAGGACCCCAGACGGUACUUACUUCACUAGGAUGCGGAUCAUGAAUUUUGUGAGCUGUGUUAUGCCAAUUGACUGAGUUGUCCCGUGAGACCCAUACGAUAGAUCUUAAAAGAGCACGAUGCUUAAGGCAGACAUUCUUUACUAGUUAAGCUAAACUGCUGUUUGGUUUUAAGAAGACUUCAGGGGGAUGUUUUUGGUUUAAAGUUAAGGUUUAAAGAUUAUCUUAGGACAAUAGGUUCAGUGGUUCAUCCAGCCUCUAUGGCUCCGAAAAGUCUGGAUUCCAUAAGAAUUUGAGAUUCUAUUCCACACUUCCCCCCUUUUGAUCAGUAUUCUAUAGAAUCUUUGAUCAGAAUGUUCAGGAAUGGUAGCUGGAUACCAACCAGUUCUUCUGGUCUCAUGGCAAAGGAGGUGGUUGUGAAUGGAGGCAAUUAGCCACACAUUCCAUUUCCUCUUCCUGUUCUGACCUUCCUUCUUCUGUUGUUCCAGGUGACCAACUGUUGUACACUGAAUAGCCGCCUGUAAGCAUUUAAGACCCAAGGCUUUACGCAACAAAGUAGGAAGUAGAACAGGAGCACUGAAUAUGAUAUUAGGCCAAUUAACUGGGAUAUCCCAUGAAAUCAUGACCCUAAACCUGCAAACCAAGGAACCAAAUUCCAUUAGGUGUUUGGUUGUUCAUAAGCAGCUGUGAUGUGUGUCAUCUUGGCUAGGCCAUGAUUCUCAGUGGUUUGGCAGUCAUAUGAUGAUGUGAUCACUUCAGUGUUGGGGUUUGAUAUAAUGUGAUCUCCUCCAUGAUGGGGGAAACCCUGGUGGUGUAGUGGUUAAGUGCUGUGGCUGCUAACCAAAAGGUCGGCAGUUUGAAUCCACCAGUGCUCCUUGGAAACUCUAUGGGACAGUUCUACUCUGUCCUAGAGGGUCACUCUGAGUCGGAGUUGACUCGACGGUAAUGGGUUUGGUUUUUGGUUUCCCAUGAUGGGAUCUACUGUGAGUAGCCAAUCAGUUGAAAGGGAGUUUCCUGGGACGUGUGGCCUACAUGGAAUAUAAGUGGACAUUCUGGCAAAGCUUGUGGGCUUUUGCUUGCUCUGGCUCCUGUUCCUCUGACCUCUGGUUCUUGGGACUUGAGCUAGCAGCUUACCUGCUGUCUUGCCUGCCUAUCUUGGGAUUUGUCAAUCUUUACAGCCUGUGAGGAACAGAGCUGUUCUCUGACCUGGCGAUCCUGCGUUCACCAGCCCCUGUGGCUAUGUGAAUCUGGAGAAGCCUCCAGCCUGAUCCAUGGAGUUGGGAUAUUUCAGUCUCUACAACUGCAUGAGCCAUUUCCUUGAUAUAAAUCUCUCUCUCUAUAUGACAGCAAUUACAUUUAUCAGCUGUGCAAACCUAUACUUAAUCAAUGCAAUUUUUCCAUCAUUGUAAACCAAAACUCAGUCACAUGACCAGAUUCUUGCCAAUGAAAUGAGGGUGGGAGGACUAUAUGUAGCUUCAGUGUGAUAAAAAUGAGGAUUGGAAAGAAAGAGAAAUGGGGAUUUUUCAAAUCUCUGGAAGUCAAAAUUUUCUCAGAAUUACAUCAGAGAACCUAAACAAAACUCAUUUUUAUUAACUGGCUUUGGUUUUAAUGGACUGAUUAAACAGAAGUCCCUGUGGUCUGAUAAAAUAUGUUCUAGUUUGGAAUCCACGAUUCUGCUUGGCCAAAUAAUCUGUCACUAUGGAGAGUGUACUACCUGAAUUAUAUUUUAAUACCUCAAAGCUCUGUUGGCAGAUUGCUCAGAUCUCACAAGUUACAUGAUAUACAAAAGGAGUCAAUGCCAAUACAAAUUUUAAAGUUGCAUGUGCUCUCAUGUGGACCCUGUGCCCUGGCAUGGUGAGUGGGUGGUGUGGCACUUACCCGCACGUACUACUCAUUGCUCCACCUCUGUUCGCAGGUACUGGGUAAAUUCUGACAUUUUUUUCAGUUGAGCAAAGUUUAAUCUUUCUGAACACAUAGGACAUGUGUUUUCAGUGUUCAGCAUGCUGUUUGGGGGAGGGAAAUGCAGAGCACAUUAAAUCUUUACUAUUCCAUUAGCUUUGGGCUGCUCUACUGUGAAAAACAACUAUUUCCUGUCUGCACUUUUUUAACAUGUCAUCAUGCAAUUUAAGAGUCAGUUAUAUUCAGUCUCAUGCAAGAUGCCCUUUAAGGAUAAUGUUCUCAAAGGUCAUAGAAGAUUCUUUCAAGAAGCUGAUUUAGGAAUCCUUAGGAAUAUAAACAAAUAGAUUUAAAAUAAAAGAGCGGCUGAAUGCGAAGUCUAUGUAUUGAUAAAUCUGUGGGACUGAGUGAGAUGAUACACACUUACAUCUUAAAUUCUGAGUACAGAGCAGGGAAGUCACAAUGUGGACACACUGUCCAGUCAUCUUUCAACAUAUGUCGACCCUGGAAACAGUACAUUUAAGAGUAAAAUUCAUCUUUAUUUGUAAAACUCCCACCAUUGUUCAAUUAUAAUAAUUAGACUACAGUUAAAAGCUGGACCUUUUAAUUACAAAAUUAUUGAUAUUUCACAUAGGUGGGUAAUCAGUUAGAAAGAGAUGACAUCAAAAGGGCGAAAGCCAGAUUUUAUCAGAUUCGUCUAUAAAGGAAGAAUAAUCUUAUAUUUUGUGAUAUCACUAUCUGAAUUUGUUUUCCUUUAAAACAUAUUAACUCAUGAACUAACAAAUAAUCUGAUAUUUUAAGUUUUCUAAUAAUCCCACCCACCAACUGCCAUCAAGUUGAUUCCAAUUCAUAGUGACCCCAUAGGGUUUCCAUAGCUGUAAAUCUAUGGAAGCAGACUGCCACAUCUUUCUCCCAUGGAGCCACUAGUGGUUUCAAACCCCCAACCUUUUGGUUAGCAGUCAAUCGCUUUAACCACUGUGCCGCCAGGGCUCCUUUUUCUAAUAAUAAGCCUUAAUAAUAAAAUAACUACCACUUAUUAAGGGCUACAGCAUGCCAAGUACUAUACUUGGGUUUCAUACUUGUUAUCAAUCUAUGUGUUAUUUCAGUAAGAUAAGAACUAUUCUGCUCAUUUUACAGAUGAACCCAGGAAGCUAAUGCAAAUUUCACCAGGGUAUACAGCGAACGAGUGGCACAAAAGGAUUUGCGCCCAGGACCAUCUGAUCCCCAAGCCUGCCCUGCAGUGCCUCCUUGAUAUUCAUGUAGAUUAUUACCAGUUUUGAAGGUACUUUGCUGACCAAGAAGUUAGAUGCUAAAUGUUUCAGGAAACAUGAGGGUAGGAUUACUUCCGAAGUGAAGAAACAAGUAUUUAAAUGGGUUCUCUAUAUGCGUACAAAGAAAGGGAUAAUAUCAUAAAGAAACUUACUGUUGCAAUGCAGUACGGGAUGUUAUUUUUACAUCCAGGGCAGAGGAGUUCACACUCCGGGAGAAGAAACCCACAGAAUGGGCACGGGGUGGUGGCCUCUUCUGUCUCGGAUGUGUCAGGCCUCCUAGGAGGAGGGAUCGCGUAUCAUUUAAAAACAAUGACUUAAUUUCAUGUAACAUGGAGAGCAGAGAGAAGGCGUGCUUUGAAAACCAGUAACAUGUAACACACCUACUUCUUUACAACUAGACUCUGAGACUAGAGAUACCAGCUUACCUGCAGCCCCUCCCCAUCGGCUGCUCCAGCUCCAGGGAGGAGGAAGAGUAACUAGGAUUGGGCGCUACAUGGGCUGUGCUUGAGAGUUGGUGGAGUUCCAGGAUGUUAAACGGCAGAAAACCUGGGUGGGUCUUACUGUCUCCUCUCUUCCUGUGCCACUGAAGUGGUGAGCUUGCCAUUUCUGCUCUCUCUCCUUUUGUGUAACUGAAGUGCUGAGGGCUACCCAGCGCUGCUCAAUAGGGUUUUCUGUGACAAUGGAAACGUUCUCAUUCUGUGCUGUCCAGUUCAGUACCUACUAGCCACAUGCAGCUUCUGAGCACUUGAGAUAUGGUUAGUAUCGAGGAACUGACUUUUAGUUCUUAAAAAACUUAAUUCAAAUUUAAAUAGCCAUGUGUGGCUGGCAGGUACUAUAUCAAACGGCACAGCUUUAGAUCACUCUUGCAUGGGGAGAGAAUGCCUGACAUCUCUUUCAUGCCAGAAGCUAGGCCAGUGUGGCACUAAGCCAUGGCGGCAAAUGUGCUCUCUCAUUUGCUAGUUACUUUCUCCCCACCUCCAUGCUGGUGGGUGUGCUGAAUCAGACUGAUUUGGUCUGAAGUUACUUAGUCUUCUACACUUUAAAAAAAGGGGAAUGUUCCACGUAGCUCUGUUUAGCUUAGGGUUCCCCACCAUGAGGUUGGCCCUAUCCCCAGCUAAUAAUUCAGUGGUAUUUGCUUCCAUGUGUUAUCACUGCUGGUGCAUUCCCCUCCCUUGGUUGAGGUCUGGGUCAAGAUUCAGGUUCGCCUGGGUCCCCUGGUCAUAAUGACAGUUAAUACUGUUGUUGUUGUUAGGUGCUGUUGAGUUAGUUCCGACUCAUAGUGACCCUAUGUACAACAGGAUGAAACACUGCCCGGUCUUGUACCAUCCUCAUGUCUACUCUAGGAAGCAGCUCUUCCCCAGUUGUAUUUUGAGUGCCUUCCAACCUGUAGAAAUCCUGGUGGUAUAGUGGUUAAGUGCUACAGCUGCUAACCAAAAGGUCAGCCUUUCUAAUCCACCAGGUGCUCCUUGGAAACUCUAUGGGGCAGUUCUACUCUGUCCUAUACAGGCGCUAUGAGUCGGAAUCAACUGGACGGCAAUGGGUUUUUCCAACCUGAGGGGCUCAUGUUCCGACACUAUAUCAGACAAUGUUUUGCUGCUAUCCAUAAGGUUUUCACUGGCCAAUUUUUUUCCAAAGUAGAUUGCCAGGUCCUUCUUCUUAGUCUCUCUUAGUCUGGAAGCUCUGCUGAAAUCUGUCCACUAUGGGUACCCUGCUGGUAUUUGAAAUACUGGUGGCAUAGCUUCCAGCAUCACAGCAACACACAAGCCACCAGAGUAUGAUAAACUGACAGGUAAUUGGUAGAUAACAAUGAAUAGGUACCUCAAAUGCCAUAGCCACUUUGAACAAGUGAGAGUUUAGAAUUAAUCCAUGAUGCAAUUUUUCCUUUUGUAAACUCAAAUGUACCUCUUCUUAAUUUUCUUUGAUAAAAUCAGGUAAAUGUAGGCCACUUACUGCUUCUGAAGUGAGGACAUGCUUUAUGUGCCCUUGGAGCUGCACAGGGUGUGGAAAUGAACUCUCCAUGUUGACAUGACGUUUCUUAGACUGAGAAAUACUCACUAUGUUAUGUAUCUCUCUGUGGCAGGCCCUGUUUACUGCCUACCAUUCUUUUCUUUUUCCUUACCAACAGAACUUUGUUUUUACGCAGCAACGUGCUUUGCAGCUAGAGACAGCCAUGUGGCAGAGUACUGGCCAGUGAGGCCUAAGUGGAAGUCCUGGGCCUCGUGUCCUUCCCAAAUAAAAAAGGAAAGACUUUUAACCUUUUCUUUUUCUACUUCUUCCUGCUUUGAAUGGGGACAUGAUGCCUGGAGGUGACCAGAUUUCUUGUACCCAUGAGGAGGAAAACUACAUGCUGUGGAAGGCAAAGCUGGAAGACAGAGGAAUCUGUCCUGGUGGCAUCAGGACACAGCUGCACUGGGCCUGGGCUGCAGUGCUCUGUUGUAGAAGCAAAGACAUUCUGACCGUUUAAGCCAUCGUUUGUUGGGCUUUCUGCUGCUUGUAGCUGAAUACAGUCCUAAUUGCUACCCCAUAUCCAUUUUCUCACUGAGCCUGCACAUAAGCAGUUACAUUCUGCAGACACAUUUGUGAAAUGUGAUUAGGUAGUGGAAACAGCUGUCACCGCCUACCUGACCAUGGCCUCAAUCUUCUUUUUGUAUUUGGCAUCUAUUUUAUUGCGGUACUCAGGCCUCAUCAGCAUAGCUGCAAAGCUGAAAGCCGAGUUCUUCAGGCCUGCUCUGUGACACUCGAUCACAGUAGACGUCAGGAUUGGCACAAUGUCUGCAAUACAAAUCAAAGAGCAGAAAGAGCACCAUGUCUCCUGUCUUCAGUGGUACUGGCCUGAUGCUGUCCCUGGUUCAGUAAGUAAAGGCCAAUCUCUCAACUUUGUCUGUUCUGGCAAAGAACCAGAAAUGACCUGUUUAAUGAGGGAAGGGAACAGUAGUAGAGUCAGGCCAAUCAUUCAUCAAAAUGUCUUUCCUUUGGUCAUACCAAGUUCUGCCUUGAAGCAACCAAAGCUUGCACACCUUUGAGAGACAUUUUGCAUCUGACAGGACUGCUGAUGCAAAGGGCAAGGGAGAUGAGUAACUGCACUAACCUCUUUGCAUGCAUCCAAUUACUUCUUCAGACAGAUACCCGGAAGCUGAAUUACUAGCUCACAGAACAUGACCUUUUCUAAAACACUCUUAUUACAAAUAGCCAAAUUGCUUUCUAGAAGCCAUAACAACUUCCAUCCCCACCAGUCAUCACAAGCAUGCUAUCAUUGUUGCACCACACAAUUAUUUUAAAGACAUUCUUAUGUUAAAAAAAAAAAAAGUAUAUUCACAGAACAGGGGUUAGUGAAUAAUGACC